GACCUAACACUCAACAUGCGAUUGUUUCUCUUGAUGUGUCUUGCUGCAGCUCUGAUAGCUCUGAUAGUAGUCAUUUUUAAUAAGCGUAACAAGAAGAACACCAUAGCCGGAGUCAAUUCUAAAAACCGUAACUGUUGGAGGAAGAACAGCAAGUUUGAGGGAGAAAUCCCUAGCCCUUGGAAGAAGAACACCAAGUUUGUGCGAAAAGAAGGUGAUUGGAAUAUAUAUGAGACACGUCCAGACAAGCAGCUUGAACCAAUGAAUGACAAUCCGAAAAUGGGAGCUGAGAUCGUAAUUCCGCCAAACGCAAAAUGA